AGAGACGCUAAUUGGCACUGCAAAAAUGGAUGCCUUGUGGUGCCUCUGUUUCAUAGCGCUUGCUGGAAUCCGCGCCGCCGGCGCACAAGCUCCCGCGGCCGGGCCGUCCCGGCAACCGCCCCCCGCGGCCUCUACGUCCCCCUCUGUGGCUCCAUCUUCCCCCGUCCAAGCCGCCCCGCCGCCACUAACUCCGCCGCCAGUGACGCCCCCUCCAGCGACGCCUCCGCCAGCGACGCCUCCGCCAGCGACGCCUCCGCCAGUGACGCCUCCGCCAGUGCUUCCGCCGCCACCUACCACCCCUCCUCCGGCGUUGCCGCCAGCACCUGCGUCGCCGCCGCUAGUUUCUCCGCCUCCAGUAACUCCCCCGCCGGCGCAAGCCCCUGCGCUGGCUCCAGCCGUGCCUUCGCCGCCGGCGCUUUCGCCGGCCGUGAUACCUCCCGCUUCCGCACCGUCAAAGAGCAAGAGGAAGCACCGUAGGAGGCACAAGAAGAAGAAGCACGCGAAGGCGCCGGCCCCGGCGGAGCUAAGCCCGCCGGACCCGACCUCGCCGUCGCCGCCGGAGGCGGACGUCGUCAGCCCGGCGCCGGAACCUUUUGAUUUGAGUGGAAACGGCGUGAAAUCUGAAGUGGAACGGUGGGCCAGGAUUACGCUGACUAUUUUUUAUAUUUUCAUGCAAUUUUAUUAAUUUUAUUAAUCGAGGCUCCAAAUAAAUAAAUAAAGAUUAUUUUUAAUAUAUAUAUAUAUAUAUAUAUAUAUAUAUAUACACGCACAAUUGUUUAUUGAUUAAAACGUGUGGAAUGAGAGAUGCUUGUUGCUUUGUUUCUGUAA